AUGACUGGACUGAUGAAGAUGGAGUUAUCAUCUUAUGCUGUGGAUAAGAGACCAAUCAGUUGCAAGUUUGUGGAACUCCAUGUUCUCUAUGUGCCGGACGACCAGUGGAAUGUGAAGCUGAACAAAGUUCCUGCGGAAGCUACGGAGAGCUUUGUAUCUGCGGGCUUCAUCAGGGUUUACCCUGAAGUCACCUUGAAAGCUAUGAGGAGUGACCUGAGGGAGCUUCUGGGCACAGAGAGGAGCAUGGACAAAUUUUCAUUUUUGAAGUGUGUGGGCCGCAGCUUGGCUCUGGUCAAAAGCAAGCAGGAGAAGGAUGUGAAAGCAAAAACAUUUGCUCCACCAUAUGCUGCCCAGCCAGAGCUUUACCUGCUGCUCACAGUGGAGAAUGAGAGCAGCCUUUCCUCCCAUUCUCUCAGCCCAGACACCGAUAGCAGCUCCCCGGACCCCUCGUCCUACUACCCCCACAAGACAUUGGGCUCACCAGCUGAAACUAAAGAGCUUGUGAAGUUCCCCCACAUCCCACAGUCUUCCCACCAGCUCUUUCCCACCUCUAGCUUGGAGGAGGAGGACGAAGAUGAUGAUGAAGAGCAGGGAUACCGCUCUUCCGAGGGAGGGCACGGGGAGGUGGAAGGUCUCUCUGUGAGUAAGAGCGAUUGGCAUGAGAGGAGUGACCGUGGCCAGAGAAAGUCCAACAGUCAAGCACAGAAUAAAGGCUGCUUAGUUCAGGUGAAGGAACAUCACAAAGAGGAAGAAGCGACAUACAGAAAGAAGAAAAAUUACCACCAAGGAAGCAGAGUUGCCAAAGAUCCAGGAGCUGUUGGUUUGGUGGAUGAUCCAGAUUUGGACAGGCAUCUCGGAAAAUUAAGAGAUGUGCAUACGUUUCAGUCUAUCGGGAAUAAAACAACAAGUGGGGUGAUAGAAAGCCCAGUUGUGUUAUCUCGACCCAUCCGCUGCACUUCUCCCCCUCCCGGUCUAGACCUGACCAUGACGACCCACAAACCCGUUGUUUCCACUGUCGUUCCAACUAAUAGAGAAGAACUAAUCGAGGAAAUCAAGCUGGUAAAGGAAGAAAGGAAACAAUUAGAGUGGAAGAGACAAGAGUUGCUCAGGAAAGGGAAAGAUUUGUUGGCCCAGAACAGGCACCGCAGGAACCAAGCCCGUGACAGCUGGAAAAAAAAGUAUUUUGAUACCAAGAAGGCCACCGCACCUUUGGAAGAUGCACUGAGAAAUGUGCGUCAAGAACUGGAAACAUUUUACAACAAACUUCUGCUACAGCUUCACGCCCGAGACUGCAGAGGCAACCAGCAAAAGCAAGGAACGACCUCUGAAAAGAAUGCGCUGAUCAUUCAGAUCUUAACAGAGAGUCACGAUAUUGACAACCUGAAGAGGAAGGUCGAGGACGCCAAGAUGAAGCUGGUGACAGAGAUAAAGCUAAGGAAACAGGCAGCCACUGAACUGAGGGCACUGAAGGCCGAGUUGGCACAGAAGAAGAGUCAGUCGUGCCACCACGGGCCUGUGGCAUCUCUGAGCUUUGUCAGCAGACACGAAACGAAGCAUAAGUCCAAAACAUCUUCAAAUGAGUCACAAGAAUGA